CACUAUUGGGGAAAAACCUAAGAAUCUAUUUUAAGACUUUAAACUCGUAUAAAAUGCGUCAUUUAAACCGUAAUUAUUCAUUCAUGUUCACAAAUAUUGUUACACGAUGUUAACGAAAAUCCUUUUAAUUUAUUUAUUUACAUCAACACAAACACUAGCAUUAAACAUAAUUUCUCGAACACAAUGGUUAGCAAAACCAUCAAAAACCAAUCAACUUCUCGCCAUAAAUCCUCCAUCUCACGUCGUAAUUCAUCACGCUGGAACAACAAAUUAUAAAUGUUCGAAUGUGGCUGAAUGUUCUUUGGCUGUUCGCAAGAUUCAAACAUAUCAUAUGAACGGAAAUGGUUGGAAGGAUAUUGGUUAUAAUUUUUUAGUGGGACAAGAUGGGAAUGUUUAUGAAGGUCGGGGUUGGGGAAAACAUGGAGCUCAUUCCCCAGGAUUUAAUCGAAAAAGUAUUGGAAUUUGUUUCAUUGGAGAUUACAGUAACAAUAUUCCAUCUCAACAACAAAUCAAUACGGCGAAGGAGUUAAUUAAAUAUGGAGUUGAUAAUAAUUUGAUUAAAACUGAUUAUAAAUUAGUUGGGCAUCGACAGGAUGUUUCCGUUAACACGGCUUGUCCUGGGCAGAAAUUGUUCGAUGAAAUUAAACAAUGGGAUCAUUACACGAUGAAUCCAUAAAAAUAAUUGUACUUAAACUAUGUAGCAUAUUAAAAUUUUGUAUCAAAACUGA